CACGUCUCCGCGCGGAGACGGCGGGGGAAGAUGGCGGCGCCGCGGGAGCCGGGGGAGGCGGCGUUCGCGCGGCGCAUCGACCCGUCCCGGGAGCCGGGGCUCAGCCCCGAGCAGCGCCGCCUCAUGGCGCAGGUGGAGUACGCCCAGCGACAGCGCGCCCUGCAGCGCCGGCUCCGCAGCCGCAACGUGCUGCUGGCGCUCGGGAUCGGCGCGGUGACAUUCGGCAUCUACGGUUACACCUUCUACUCGGUGUCGCAGGAGCGGUUCCUGGACGAGCUGGAGCAGGAGGCGGAGGCGGCGCGGGCACGGGCGCGGGCGCGAGCCGAGGGCGCCGGGAGCUGAGCGGGAGCGCCCGGCCCGGCCCGGGACUGAGCUGCCGCCCCCGCCGGACAGGACGGGGCUCGAGGCACAUACCCCUGAGGGGUUCGGGUCUGCCCCGUGCGCUGCUUUGGCCCGCAGGCAGGGCCCCCCGCGGGCGGACCCAUGGGAAGGCCAGGGGCGCCCAGGGCCCACCACUCCCCACAAUAAACCCUCUCACUGGA